AUGUUCAAACUGAGUGUUGUGGAAUUCGUGCCAAAUAGUUCCAAGCCAAAAGGAACAGUAGUAAUGAAAACUAGACAUACAGAACAAAUCCAAUUGCAUGGAAAUCCGUUCAAUGGUUCGUUUGAUUUCUCUGACUAUCUAAAAUUGAGCAAUUCUACACUUGCUCAACAAGCAAGUACUGAAACGUCCCAUUCUGCAAGCAAACACAACAAUAUCCUUCCAAAGAAUAUCAACAAAAUUUCAAAGCCUCACAACACAAAACGCAAGCCAAAUCAUUUCAAGGUUGGUGUUCAUUGUUGCCUCUCCCAGAUAGAUCAUUCCUUCUCUGAACUGCCAAAUCAUUUGACAAGAGAUCGAGCAGCCUUCUACUCUUGUUCGUUAUCUCCACUCGUCACUUGCAGUUCAUCUUCCUCUCCAAGAACAAUUGAUUCUUGUCUUGAACCACAAGAAAAAUCUCGACGAACCCUCCUUCGAAGUAAUAUUUGUUCUCUCUUUCACAAGCUUAAUGAGCUUAAUGAAAUAGACCAAGAAGAGUUUAUUGCUGGAUGGAAUGUAACGAACAGCGAGUCAUUACGGCUGCGUUCUCAUUCACACCAUCUCGGCAGUAGAAACAACGAUGACAAAGAUUGUCCACAAACAGACAAGGAUGACAUUGUAUCCACUUAUGAAACAUUCCCUUCAAUUCUCUCCUACUGGAGUCCACCACAAUCAAGUGAGCAACUCCGUUCUUCUCCUGUGUCAUCCUCUGACCAUCAUGGAACAAUUACUAAUGGGACCUUGCUCGUGAAACCACCUGAGACGGUCAACAACAAUUAUACAACCACUACCAUAUCAAAAAGGAUCCUGCAUCCAACAAUGAUUCCCAAUGAUCCAAUGGAAUCUCGCACCAGCAAUGGUACCAAAUCUACCACGAACCCUUCAAAAAGAACGUCCAUAUUAUCUAUUCAAGAGUUGAUAAAUUAA